AUGUCUUCAUUUCCCUCAACCACCCAACAAACACACAAACUCGAGUUUCCGACAUUUGCGUCCAUUGCUUCCGUGUCCGAAGUUUCUCAUCUUGCUUUUGUGCGGCUUGAUCGUCGAGUGUUAGCCUUUGAUGAUGAUCCGAUGAUGAUGGGUAGUCAUUAUCAUUCUCAUAAUUCAAACGCAGAGUUGGAACAUCCCGACCACGAAUGUCAAUAUUUAUUAUCCUCUCACUAUGAUGGCACCAUUUGUUGUUGGCAAAUUUAUGGAGGAGAUAGUCUUCAAUCACUCGUUCGAUCUCACUUUCUUUUUCAAUUUAAAACAACCAAUGACGUUUGUGAAGAGGAGGAGGAGGAGGGUGGAACAUCAAUUGGAGUAUUAUAUUUCACUUGUGAUCCUGAAUCGGGAGCCAUUUAUAGUGCCAACACAGAUGGAACCAUUCGGCAACAUUUCCCGUUCCGAGCUUUAAAGAAAUACAAGAGAAAUUUAAUCCAAAGUGCACAACAAGAGGGAAAUAUUCAAUCAAAUUCUUCCUCCUUUUUCACAAUGCACCAUUCAUCAUCAACAGCGUUUUCCAAUGGAGAUCGUGAUCAUCAAAUGAUGACCAACCAUUUCAUACAAGAGGACCAAACAGAUUUUAUGACCAUCUCAACACUUGAUGUGAAUGAUGAAUUAAUAGUUGGUAGUAUGGAUCAAACUCAGGAUUUGGUUGAGACAACAGACACUUCCAGUCUCACGCAGCAUGCAUUCGCCGAAAAACAAAUCUUCACACAAUAUUCCAACAAUCAUCAGAACAAGCAAAUCCUUUCAAAGAAAAAUAUUCUCACCGUUUCGAACAAAAUUAUUGGAGCUCAUGCAGAUGCUGUCAAUCAUAUCUUUUUUGUUCAAGAAGAGCAAUGCAUUAUUAGUACAGGAUGGGAUGGAUAUGUUAAAAUUUGGGACCUGUUGGAAUCAGAUCAAGAUAAGACCUUGUUAUUAGAAAUCAAUCUUCAUGGAUGCAUCACAGCAAUGGAUAUUAAAUAUCCCCUCAUGAUUGUAUCAAGCCAGCCACGUAAUAUUGUACUUUUUGAUUUGCAUCAACCCAACGUUCCUGUUCGAUCUUGGAAGAGUGUUCUCAAAAGUGAAACACAAAAGCAUUGCUUGAAAUUAUUCCCAGAUCGUCUUGGUUUUGCAUACAGCACAGUUGAAGGCCGAUGUUCGAUUAGUCAUAUUGAUCCUACCUUUGCUUCCUCUAAUUUCAUCUUCAAAUGUCAUAGAACUGCUCAAGAUGUUUUUCCACCAAAUUCUAUUGAUUUUAAUCCCUCAUAUGGAACUUUUUCGACCACAGGAGGUGACAAGAAAGUUUUUUAUUGGGACAAGGACUCUAAACAAAAACUUUACACUUCAGAGACCUAUCAAAGACAAGUAGGAGUGGGCGUCUUUAAUGAUACGGGAACACUUUUUGCCUAUGUGGUUCAAUACGACUAUAGCAAAGGAUGUUAUGGAGAAGAUGAGAAUGCCAAUGCUGAUCGAAUAGGCAUUGUCAUUCAUCAACCAUUACAAGAACACAUCAAGAAUAGAGGUACUCCUCAUUACAAAUCAGUCCUAGCUCAAAAGCACUUGUAA